UUACCAAAUCAGGGAUUAAGAUUCUACAGCAUAGAAACUACAACUGGAAACAUCCAUUAACCCAGAGAAAAAAUUAAUAAAAAAUAAAAAAUGAAAUAUCAAAUUGUUUUCUUGUUCGCUUGCUUUGCUGCUGUCUGCUUGGCUGCACCACGCCCCGACGAAGGGGAUGAGAAGGCAGAGACGUUGCGUCUGGAAGCCGAGAAUAAUGGCGUGGACAAAUACUCAUUUUCUUACGAUACCAGCAAUGGCAUAUCGCGCACCGAGGAGGGUGAACUUAAGACCAUCGAUGAUAAUGCCGCAAUCGUUGUGCACGGCUCUACCUCUUGGACUGCACCCGAUGGCAAGAAAUUCGAACUUGUCUUCACUGCUGAUGAGCUCGGCUAUCAUCCCUCAAUCAAACUAGUCAGCUAAAUGUGAAUUUUAGUGUUUCUUAGUAAUAACGGUGCAAAUUUUGGUACCAGAAAAUGUGUUUAAAUUGUACCUAGUUAAUAUA